CUCAUUCAGGACACCACACCUGCAUGAUGCAAAUCCAACUUUGGAAACGUAUUUGUAAGAUGUUGCUUGACCUAACCAUCAUUCCUUUGGCUGGACCAGCGAUGGCACUUCAAUGCACUAUUCUGCUGCUUAUAAGCGUCUUCUUACCUAAAGCACUGGCACUCACUUGCAAUGGAUGCAUACCGGAUUUGUCAACUGGAACGUGCACUCAAACUCCUAUUACCUGUCAAUCUUUGUGUAGCUCCAUGACCACAACUGUAUACGUAGGUGGCCUUGAUCAAAGUCAGAGCCAGAAGAUUUGUGGAGAUCCCUCUUCGUGCGUCACUGGGAGCAUAAAUUAUGGACUAACCAGAGUGACCCUUAACUCUGAGUGCUGUCGUACAAAUUACUGCAACAUUAACAAUGCAGCAGUGUUGCCUCGGCGACCCCCUAAUGGGAGGAUUUGUUUCACCUGUGAUGACAAUGGCUGCUCAAAGAUGUUGCCCUGUGAAGGUGAAGAGACCCAAUGCUUCACUGUAAGAGUUGACAGGAAUGGCAAGAAGGAGACUCAGAAAGGAUGUUCCAGUCAGUUCUUUUGUGGGAGCUCUGCAGCUAAUGUAUCACAGAUAUUGGGGAGUAAUGAAAUGAAAUGUUGUGAGGGAAACCUGUGUAACACUAACGGCGCCAAGGGCGUACAAGGUUUCUUUUUUUCGCUCAUACCUCUAAUCUUCCUACUUUUCAUCUAAGAUGUAUCAAUUGGACUCAUUUAAGGGGCCUUGGAGAGUGCGCAAGUGUCCCUGAGGUGUGGUCAACAACAACUUGUAUAUCUUCCUUGGUAAUUUUUUAUUUGUCAUGCCAUUAUUAAGUUACACUGUGAACAGUAGAGUACAUGAUGUUGUACUGAGGUCGAUUACCGCAAACCACUUUGAAGACCAGCCAGGCUGUGAGCCUCUAUAUUUUAAAUGGCUGUAUCUGGAUAAGCUGUUCCUGUUUCCCUAUAAAAUAAUGUUACAAUGUGCUUUUCAAGAUUGUACUUCAUUUGUUCUGUUUAAGGAGUCCCUCAAUGUCCUGCGUAGUUACAAAAUAAAGCACAAAAUAAUUGUCAAAUAGUAAUAAUAAAAACAUUCAAUAUGCUUGUAUUAUUGACAUUUGAAAUAAAAAAAUUAAGUUAGCAUAGUUUUGCCUAUAACCUAUAACGCUGAGCUUGCUGAUCUAUUUUGGUACAUUGAUCGGUAGAUUUUAUGCUUGGCAGAUAUUUCAGUCGUGACUCAGGAGUUGUUAAAUGUGUGGUGUAGUGGUCUGCUGCAGUCCUUAUAGUGAUGUCCUCGUUUCUGACUGUCAAAGAAUAAAAUCAG